AUGUCCUUCUUCCCUCACACCCUCUACCAAGGAGACUCCUCCUCCUUCACACCCCUCUUCCGCCUCCUCGACGACUUCGACACCUACGCCCGCCAAUCCAACACUCAACCCCGUCGCUCCAACAUUUCCACAUGGCAGCCCAAGUUUGAUAUUCGCGAAACCAGCGACGCCUACGAACUACACGGCGAACUGCCCGGCAUGAACAAGGACACCGUGCACAUUGAGUUCACGGAGCCGCAAACCAUGACCGUCCGCGGGAAAGCCGAGCGCACGUAUACCUCUGGAACGCCUGCCGCGGGCCGCAUUGAAGACGUCAGUGAGAAGCCAGCCAUUGAGGGCGACUCGCACAAAGCUACUGUUGAGGAUGAGACGGAAACGGCUGUUGAUAAGCCGCAGCCCGAGGAGCCCAAGUUCAAGUAUUGGCUUACGGAGCGGAGUGUGGGUGAAUUCUCGCGAAGCUUCAACUUUCCGGCUCCGGUUGAUCAUGACGGCGUGUCCGCUGGGUUUCGGGAUGGCAUUUUGACGGUUGAGGUGCCGAAGGCGAAGAAGCCUGAGUCGCGACGCAUUACUAUCAACUAA